GCUCCAUUGCAAGCUAAAUUCUCUAAAUCCCCCUAAUUUGCCUUAUUACCUGAAACGACGCAACCACCAUUACGGCCCCCUUAUCGACUUAAUCUGCGAUCAUCCGGAGUUCCGGCCGCAUACAUAUAUAUAACCCCUCACUUCGCCCUCAUUUAUGAACUCACCCGCAUAGCCUACCUCCUAGUUUACAUCACAUUUGCUUUUCGUAAACAUUCCCUGCUGCAGCAUCGGAACAAGCCCACGCAUAAGAUCGAUCCAACACAAACAUAAAAAAAAAAGUAAACGCAGCCAUGGCGCCCGUCACAGAACUCAUCUCCCUAACCCUCAAGCCGGACCUCCCCGCCGCCGAAGCCACCUCCAUCCUCGAGACGACCGCCGCCACCCUAGCCGCGCAGCCGGGGUGCCUGCGCGUGCGCACGUCCCGUCUGCACGAAGACGUCAACGCGGUGCGCAUCUUCGCCGACUGGGAGUCCGUCACCGCGCACCGCGCCUUCGAAAAGACGGAAGCGUACGCCCCGUUCAAAGCGCGCGUGUUCGGGGCCGUCACCGCCCCGCCCCAACGCCCGUACCACGUCGAGUUUGCGCCGUUCCCGGUCGCCGCGCUGGACAACGCGGGGCCCAGCAGCAGGACCCCCGUCGCUGAGGUCUUGCAUAUCUGGUUUGCGGGGGACUACCCCGAGGACGCGCGCAAGCGCACGACCGACGCGGUGGUGGAGUUUACGCGGCGGAUGACGCUGUUUGCGGAGGGGUUGACGGGCGAGACGGCGCUGGGGUGGUCGGUGGAGCGGGAUAUUGACCGUGAGGGUGUGCCGAGUAGUGCGUUGGUUUUGAUCCUGGGGUGGACGAGUGUUGAGGCGCAUAUGAAGGCGCGUGAUCACCCUGAGUUCGCCAAGAUUAUUCCGCUGUUGAAGGAUCUAGAGGGAUUGAAGGGUCUGGAGAUGAACCAUGUGAGCAACACUACGGUUGAGGCGAGUAGCUAGAUGCGCUGAUUGUGGGAUGAGACGGCGGGGUGUAAGAUGGACGUGAAGAAUACCCCGAUGGUGGAGGGGAUUUUUGCUAAGUACCUCCUAUUGCGGAUAGACUGUCUCGUUUCUUGACGAAAUCGACGUGUGCAUCGCUCUUUACAUACGAUAUGAUAUUCCAUGAAAUAUAAAAAAUGCUCAAUAUGACAUUCAACUGAGACUCUAGUACUCGUUUCUGAACGUUUCUAGGUUUCGUUGUGGCUAGUACAAGUUUCCCCCUUUCUUACCGUACGUCUUAU